AACAUGGAACCAGGAAAUCAAACAAGUGUUUCAGAUUUUUGGCUGCUGGGAUUUUCCCAAGACUCGGAGCAUCAACCCAUCCUGUUUGGACUGUUCCUGUCCAUGUUUGUGGUCAUCAUGCUCGGGAACCUGCUCAUUAUCUUAGCCGUCAGCUCUGACCCCCACCUCCACACGCCCAUGUACUUCUUUCUCUCCAACCUGUCCUUGGUUGACAUCUGUUUCACCUCCACCACCAUCCCGAAGAUGCUGGUGAACAUCCAGGCACACAGCAAAGCCAUCACUUAUGCAGGCUGCAUCACUCAGAUAUAUUUCUUCCUGGUUUUUGGAGGUAUGGACACUUUUCUCCUCACUGUGAUGGCCUAUGAUCGGUUUGUGGCCAUCUGUCACCCCUUACACUACCCAGUCAUCAUGAACCCCCGUCUCUGUGGCCAGCUGGUUCUUGUGUCCUGGUUCAUUAGCUUCACAUACUCCCUGAUCCAGAGUCUGUUGAUGUUGCGGCUGUCUUUCUGUACCAACUGGGCGAUUUCACACUUUUACUGUGAACUUGCUCAGGCCCUCACGCUCGCCUGCUCAGACACACUCAUCAAUCACAUCGUGCUGUAUACGGUGACUGGCCUUCUGGGCAUUAUUCCCUUCUCAGGCAUCCUUUUCUCCUAUAUUCAAAUUGUCUCCUCAAUCCUGAGAAUCCCAUCAGCAGAUGGGAAAUAUAAAGCAUUUUCUACCUGUGGGUCCCACCUGUCUGUGGUUUCUUUAUUCUAUGGGACAGGCCUUGGUGUGUAUCUCAGUUCUAAUGCAUCUUCCUGGAGGGGCAUGAUUGCCUCGGUGAUGUACACUGUGGUCACCCCAAUGCUGAACCCCUUCAUCUAUAGCCUGCGGAACAGGGACAUGAAGAGGGCUCUGCAAAAAGUUCUUUGGAGAACAUUCUAUGUUCAAUAA